UGAAUUGCCUACAUUGCCGUCCUCAAAACGUGAGCUGACAUAAUCGUCUCGUCGUUUCUUCUCCCACUCUCAUUCUUGGAGUCUGUUCAUAGACUUUUUUUCACCAAGCACAUUCUUCACGCCUCUCAUCAUAUCGACAUUGCGAACCUCGGCCAGUCAAUGCAGUUACAGUGGAAUGCGGGUUACGGUUGCCUUCCCUUUGAUCUGUUUGUUCUGGAUCAUUGGGAAAGCACCACUUCUGCAUUGCCAGCCACCCCUCAGCAGCGAUGGGAUGAACUAGCACGGCGAUAUCUAAGUCUGCCUCUCAUAAAGCGAUGGCCAUUGUACAAACGGGUACUGGACGCCUUGAGUGAAGUAGGGGGUGCCGCGCCUCUUCCUUCGCCCACCGAAGAACAAAUCGGCCGCAUAUUUGCCCCACAUCAAAGCAUUCAGGAAUGCAAUCUUAGUGCAAAGUUCUGCUCUGGCUGGAACACAGUCUGGCUACGGACAUGCUACUCACCCUCCCUAACCCAGAAGUAUCGCGAGAUUGAACAGACAAUGGGUGCUCGGGCUGAAGUCGGUUGCCUCGAGAGCCCGGAUCACGUCCUAGAUGAGUCUUCACUGUACGGCUUCCGAGGCUCGGACCAAGAAGUCCUGGACCAACUUCUGCUUCGAAUCCCCUGUUUGACUGAUGCUCAUGGUGUUGUGGAUGAAUAUGGAGAUGGCAGUCUUCUCCUCUAUGGAAGUGGGCAGAACGACCCUGGGGCUAUUAAACACGCCGAAGAAGACGAAGCAUUCGAGGAGAUCAGGAAACUUGGAUUGAAUGUACAAAACUUCGUGUAUGUGGUUGAUGACGAAGCAGUGGAGAAGAAUCUCGUGAAGAUAUGGUGGUUCAAUGAGUUUGGGAAGAUCAUCUGGGAUAAUGUUUCUGUGGCUCCGUAUUCGGACUUGAGUGGGAUGCUGGGGGCGAUUCAGGAUGGGCAGGGCUUUGAGGAGCUGGUCGGAGAGGAGAGCCAGAGGGGUGAUGUGAUUCGAGGAUGAGUCAAGGCUGGGGUUUUGGUUGUGGUCGGAGUGCAUAUGCCUGCAAACAUUAUCUAUACACGACUCGUUUAUUAAACAAUAUUGUGCGUACUUUACAGUCCCAUAAUGAUGUUCGGUAAAUAGCUGCUCGUGAUGGUCGUACUUGAUGGUGCUGGUGUGUUCAUGA